UCUAGGAGGUGAAGUGUAUAAAAGCCCUAAAAAUUCCCCCAGUCGACCAGUCCUAUCAGAACUUUGGAAGAGCUUAUUGCCCGAAGCCAUGAGCACCAUCUUCCUGUUUUUCGCACUAGUCGCUGGCAUCUUUGCCCAGGAAAAGCCUGGCGCCAUACUUCGACUUAAACAAGAAGCCCUUGAAUAUGGUUCAAGGAUUGCCCCACGAAUUCUUCAGAACAUACUCGACCAAGCCACUUUUGAGAACCUCGAAGACAAGGAUGGUCUAGUCAGCUACAAAUUCAACAAAGUUUCCCUGGAGCAGACAGAGAUUGGAAAUGUCAAAGUGGAGUUCGAUCCAAGUAUCAAUGGCAUUAGUGUCACUCUGCAAAAUUCAGAUUCUUCACUCAGUAUGGAUUAUGAAUCAUCCAUCGAUAUGGUCCUUACCACGAUGCAGCACAGCGGCAGUGCUCAGAUUUCUCUUAAAGAUGUGGAUGUUGAUGUGAAAAUAGCCAUUGAAAUGGAUUCUGAUCGCAUUCCUACAUUAAGAACUCUGGAUUGUAAAGCCAGUAUCAGGAAAUGUGACUUCAGCUUCUCGUCCAUCGUUGUACACUGGAUGUACUCAACAAUGAGUAAAAUUAUACCAAACAAACUCCGUCAAUGGACUGAGGAAAAGUUUUGCAGGGUCAUUUCAGAAUACAUUGACACCAAGACACAAGAGACCAUUAAAUCAGUCAAAUUACAUUCAGUGAUGGAUGACUUGUUCAAAGUUGACUACAGUCCACUCUCCAAAGUCAGUGUUUCUGACAGAUCUAUCGAGGCCGGACACAGGGGUGAAGUUUCAUGGAAAUCAGACAGUUCCCGAAGCAACCUGAAGGCCGAUGACCUCCCCAGGGAAGACCAGGAUGACGAGAACAAAAUGUUCAACCUCUGGCUCGAAGAGUACGUCGCCAAGACCUUCGCUGAGUCUGCUCACAGCCACGACUAUCUUAAAGCCAGAAUUGCCGAAGAUACGAUUUCAGAACAAGAUCAGAGAGAGAAAUUGCGUCUAUCUUACGCUAGCAGUCUUAUUCCUGAGCUCAGCUCCAACAGCCCUGACAGUUAUCUCCAAGUUGAGGUCAGCUCCAACAAGGUGCCAGAUGUUGAGAUCUCAGAGGAGGGUGUCAGAAUUCAACUCCAUGGCGAUGUUCAGGUUUCUUCUGGCAGCGGCUCUAACUCUCAACAGCUAUUCAAAUUGAAAACAAGUGUUAAGCUCCUAGCCAGAGCUCAUGUUGAGGGCAACAGUCUUGUACCUGACAUCUUGAGCUAUGAUGUUGAAACUAGAGAUCUAACUCAGAUGCAAAUCAAUCCCAAGGAGGCCGAUGCUCUGAAAUUCACUCACAUGAUUGUUAGAGAAAUCGCUGUAAAGCAGAUUGACAAGCUGGCGAGAAGAGGACUGCCACUCAUGUCACUCCCAGAUCUUCGUCUCGUUGAUCCAGCCAUUAGAUUCACCAAUGGCUCUGUCAACUUGGCCACUGAUGCCCAAUACAAGGACUUUGAUUAACUUUAUUAAUUGGAAUGAGGGAGAAGAAACUCCUUUAAGAACGAUGCCACAGCAACAUCUCUCUACGUAGAAUGUUAAAGCGUAGAGUCGGCAGUGAACAGAUGUAUUAAUUGACAGGGACAAAAUAAACCAUUGUAUUACUAAUAUGA